CAACUUUCACUCGCUCACUCGUUCAUUCUCUCAACUUCUUUCACACUCAUUAACCCUGGUGGUUACAGCUUUGUCACUCUUCAGACAUUUUUAUCUUACUAAAGCCAACUCUAUACCGACUUACCAACCACUUUUCAAUCAUUCAUCAUGCAGUUCUCCGCUCUUCUCACCGCUCUCCUGGCUUCGGCCGUUGUUGCCGUCCCCCAGGGCAACGUCACUCCCAACACCAUGGGAGCUCUCGAGAAGCGUGCUAGCUUCCCUAUCCCCGCCUCCAAGGGAUCCGUCACCUACAAGUCUGUCCAGACCAUCAAGGGCACCUUCGAUGGUGGCAUGAAGACCUACGGCCGUGGUGUCAAGUGCACUGGCCAGGCUGAGGGUGGCGACGCUGACGCCGUCUUCAUUCUCGAGAACGGUGCUACCCUCAAGAACGUCAUCAUCGGCGCUGACCAGAUUGAGGGUGUUCACUGCAAGGGUUCUUGCACCAUCGAGAACGUCUGGUGGAAGAAGGUCUGCGAGGACGCUCUUUCCAUCAAGGGUAACGGCAACGCCCUCGUCAAGGGUGGAGGUGCCACUGGCGCUGCGGACAAGAUCAUCCAGCACAACGGUCUCGGAACGGUCACCAUUGAUGGCUUCACCGCUGUCGACUUCGGCAAGCUCUACCGCUCUUGCGGCAACUGCAAGACCAUGGGCACUCGCAACGUCGUUGUGAAGAACGUCAAGGCCUACAACGGCAAGCUCCUCACCGGUAUCAACUCCAACAAGGGCGAUGUCUCCACCAUCACCAACACCUGCGCCACCUCUGUCAAGGAGAUCUGCACCGAGUUCCAGGGCACCACCCCCGGCAACGAGCCCAAGAAGCUCAGCUCCGGCCCCAGCAAGUCCUGCAAGUACACCACCGUCAAGUCUUGCUAGAUGCAUACCGCGCUUGGAUACGGUAGUGGGAUAUCCGAUAUUUUAUUGGAUGCGGACUAUGAAAGGCAUGAUACACUCCGAUUUGAAGUGGGCACACUUUCAAAAGCACGUCUAUUACUGUUGGCUUUAAUUACUUUACCUUCUGGCUACAUGCUACUAUUACAAUAUACAUAUUGCUAUUGAUCACAAA